UUAUGUAAUGAAUUAGUAUUUUAACUAUCUUUACAGAGAUUUUCUUAAGCAACAAAAAACAAUGAGCACUGAAUUGGCACGCAUGUCAUCUAAAAGUUCAAAUGAAGUCACAAGGGAUAUAACAUUGUGUCAAAAAAAUUUACAGUUUAUAGAACAUAAUUUAGAUAAACAAAAAACAUCUGUUCAAAAGUUAAAAUAUGAAACUAAUAAGUGUUUACAAGAUUUUGAAAUUGCUCAAUGUAAUCAUGACCAUCCAGCAAUGGUUCAAAUAAAUAUGGAAUCUAAUAUCAAAUACUUUGCCGAGCUUAUCAAAUCAUUACAAGAGAAAGAAAACAUAUUAAAAAAUGAAAUUGAAAAUACUCAACAAUAUUUAGCAACAUUGCCUUAUAAUAACAAUGUCACGGUGGAUGAGUUGAGAAGAAUCGGGGAUAUGUAUUACAAGAAUAUAAUUGCAUUAGCUGGUCAUUUGUACGAUAUACACAAUGAAGUACAAGUGUUAAAAUCAAGACAUUUGUCUUUUCGAAGAGAAAUUUUAAAUGAUAAUACAAAUAUUUUUCAAUUGAACCAAAAUCUAAGUUCAUCUAAUUUCUUUACAUCUCAUCCGGAUACUACUGGUCCUAAUCCAUUUUUAGGGUUAACUUCAGCAGCACUAAACUUUGGAACAUUUGGAUUAGACCAGUCUGGUGUUCUUCGAAACCAAGAUUAGCGUGCAAUCAAAUUUUGGAUAUAACUCAUUAUUCAGAACAAGUACUCAACCAAAUAAUACAACACAAUUCCAAGGUUUCUUUCCAAGCCAUAAAAUAUAACAGUUAACAUACUCUGUUAAGUAAGAGUAAUAACUACAUUUUAUUUUUACCUAAUUAUAACUUUUCUGUUAUAUUUUGCUUAUUUUAAAAUAAAAGAUGAUGCCACAAUUUGUUAGCAAUGUG